UCUCAUGCUCUCAUAAAGUCGUCCCAAACCGUUUUCAGAUUUGUGAAUUAAUUCGAAGAGAGAAAAUAUUUUUGAAGGAAGUAACCACAGACAUGUUAGUCAUUCAUUUUAUUUUGUAGACGUACUUCCGGUUAAUAGUCCUGCAAUUUCCUGUUCAUAUAAAACUAUAAUUAGGCGAUAAUUUCCAGUGUUUACGUGAAUACUUGAUCAGUAGUAUGAUAAUCGACUCACUCAAUCAAAUAAGGUUUGUACAUAUUGAACUUGUGUUAAGUAAGCUACUUUUGGAGCUACAUGUCAGUAGUUUGAUAGUUAUGACGCUGUACAAAGGUCGGAAGAGACAAGUUUUAGCUACAUGCUAAACUUAGCUAAGGCAGCUAAUGUUGUUAAAGUGUCAUGUUGUGUUGUUAUACUGGUAAAAUAAAGAACUAUUUUCAUUAUUUAAGCCCCUUUCACUAUUUAGAUAGAUAGAAGUAGAUAUCAAUGUCAAAUCGCUUUGGUUUGUAACAGUUACUCUUGAGGUAAACCCCACCAAAUGUUGUAUUGUGUUUACCAUGUCUUUUUUUUUUUACAGUUAAAAAGUCUUCUGUAUGGUGUUUUUAUCCAAUUAGCUGGUUAGUGUUAAUCUAAAAGGUACAUUUUUAGUGUAAUCUUGUUGGCGGUGUUAUUGUGUCACAGUCGUAGAUUUGAGUGAUGUGUGUGAGUGGUGUUCCCAUCCCUCCUCUAGGAGGCUGUGGUUGUUUGUAAACCUGCAGGAGAGGAAGUGACUGAGCAGCCUGAGGUGGACGGAGAGACGUCUGAGAGACUGCAGAACAGCAGAGGGGGUGAUGAUGUUUGCGGAGGAGUAGGGAGGACAUCAUCAAAGUGAGGAACCGAGGGGUGAGUGAGGCGAAGAAGAGAGUGCAGCGGAGUUGUCAGAGCAGCAGUAGAGGUCACCACCAUGAUGGAUGUUUGGACAGGUCCAAAGUGUCUUCAGACUGAUGAAUCAAUGUGAGUUUAGUCACCGAGGAUGAUAUCACUGCCAGAAGCCACAUUCAGGACGGUGAAGUGGAGCUUCUACAGGACUUUACUCUUCUGUCCUUUCUGCAUAGCUGCUAUCCCCCGCUGACCCCGCCCCCCUCCAUCCUCCGCUGGCCUCCUCCCUCCCGCCUCUUCCUGCCAGUCUCUCAGCAGAGGAUGUGUCUGUGAGAGCCCAGCUCAGCGAGGGGAGCUGUCAGGCGCACAGAUAUGUGCCCUCACUCCCUCACCCUGUCUUCAUCUGUGUUGCUCCACCAGCCUCCGACGCCCCCCGCUCACGCCUGCUCCCGGGAGGAAGGGGAGUCUCGUCGGCUCACCAGACUGCUGAGAAGUGAACUUCAAUGUCAGGAGGGAAGCAGAAGAAUGGUGGCGACCAACCAGGAGACAAGAUGACGGUGUCGCAGGUCUGGCCGGAGGUGGAGCGGGCCGAGUGCUUGGCCCGAGGGGCGGCACUGAAGUGGGCCUCUGUUGUCUUCUGUCGACCGGAACAUCUGGAGCGCCUGGGCCAGUACCGGAAGAGAGAGAGCCAGAGGACGGCGUCUGUACACACCAGACUCAAGUCCAUGGUCCAGUCGUACCUGGAGGGUGUGGGCUGGGGUCUGGAACAGCUGCGCGAGGCCAGGUCAGAGCUGCGGGCCGUGUCGCAGACCUUGAUCAAAGCAGAGGACGAAGCCGAUCGGAAUGAGGACGGGGUGAAGGCUCUGGAGAGGCUGAGGGAAGUGUCGGCCAAUCACAGCCAGCUGCUGGCUGCCGUCAGCAACCUGCCCAGACUCUACUCUGUUCACAGCACGGUGCUGGAGACGGAGCGUCUGGUGGAGUCGCGGCGCCUCCUGGAGGCUCACGCUCGGCUGAUGGAGCUGGAGCGCUGGCAGGAUGACAUCCUCUGGCAGCUGCACGCUCCUGCUGGGAAGUCCAGGCACGCGCUGAGCGCUGAGGACGAGGAGCUGGUCACCAAGUACUUCUCUGGUGUCGGGCAGCUGGUGGAGGCUCUGGGUAAGGAGCUGUGGGCUGUGGUGAGCAGCGCUCUGGCUCUGGCUCGACAAAACCCGACUCCGUUUGUGUCCGCCGUGAGGAUCGUGGAGCGGGAGGAGGCCCUGGACCGAGCUCUGCAGGAGGAGCGAGGGGAGGGCGGCUGCUCCUCCAGACCUUUACCGGUCGGACGCCCUCGCGGCUGGAGAGCUCGCUUCUUCGAGGUCCUGGAGGAGGCAGUGUCGGCCAGGUUCCGGAGCGUGUCCUACAUGCACACGCGAGGUCCGGGCCUGGCGGGUCACCUCUCGGCUCUGCAGCAUGGCAUCAUGGCUGACCUGGCAACUGUGCGCCACCUGCUGGAGCACUGUGUCCCUCCGCACUACAGGCUGACGGCUGCCUACCUGAGGGCCAGCCAUCUUUGUUUACGUGCUCACCUGGCACAGGUCAGCAGCUGGGACCUGGAGAGUGGGGAGAUCUUUGCUGUGCUCAACUGGGUCCUCCACAUCUACAGCAGUCCAGAAAUGAUGGGUGACCCGGAACUGGCGGCGCAGCUGGACAAGGAGGAGCUGGAGCCUCUGAUCUCAGUGGAGGGGCUGGAGCAGCUGCAGAGCAAAUAUGUGCAGCGUGUUCGGAAGAGCGUGUCCGGGUGGAUGCUGAAAGCCCUGCAGGUGGAGCUGCAGGACUGGCACCGGGACCAGGAGCCGGACACGGAUCACGAAGGCUUCUACCAGACCAGCCUGCCCACCAUCAUCACUCAGAUGCUGGAGGAGAACGCCCGAGUGGCCCUGAUGAUCAGCGACUCGCUCCGAGACCAAACCGUUCAGAUGGGACUGUAUGAGAUGGAGAACCUCCUGAACAGGUUUCGGGAGGCUCUGGUAGAAUUUGGGAAUGAGCACCGCAGAGAUCCUGCCGGCAGCACCAGCAAGUUCUACCUGCACUACCUGCUGGCCUCCAUCAGCAACUGCAUCAUGCUCAAGAAGUCCACCGAGAGCCUCCAGCGGCAGCAGUCGUCCCGCUCCUCCUGUCGCUUCUCUCGGAUCCCUCCCAACCCUCUGGCUGCUCUGGAUCGGGCGGUCAGGCGGGCGUGUCGCCUGGUGAUGGAUCAGCUGCUGCUGGACCUGCAGCCUCACCUCCCGGUCCUGCUGACCCGACCUUGGCUGGCCCAGGGAGACCCCACGCCAAAACUGUGCCGCGUCCUGGAGCGCCACCUGGAGCUGUACGGCCGUGUUCAGCCGCCCUGUCGCCAGCGUCUCCAGGAGGAGGCGCAGUGGUCCAUGGUGGUGGAGUACGUCCGAGCGCUGAUGCAGAAGAAGCUGGUGUGUCGUAACGCGGAGGAGAGGAGGCAGCUUGCACAGCAGAUGGUGCAGGACGACCAGCGCUUCAGGGAGGUCUUCAGUGCUCUGGAGGGUGACACUUCGGUGCCUGAGGUCAACCCCCUGGCCCUGCUGCCCGUCCUGGCAGACUUCAUCCGGCUGAAAGAUCCCGGCAUGCUCUCGCUGGAAGUGUCCGGACUGGCCGCCAAAUAUCCAGACGUCAGCGAGGAGCACGUGUUGGUGCUGCUGGACAUCCGCGGGGACAUCUCCAGGGACAUCAGGGGAGCGGUGCUGGACGCGCUGGAGCAGAGCGCCCCCCCGCUGCCGACAGGCUACCGGCCCAUCUUCACCGACAUCCGGGUGCCUCCUCCAACCAUGGCUUUCUGUCUGCCCACCGCCAAGUGUGCGUGACUGAUGCUCCCUGCGGCGUCGAAUCCUCCAACAUGAACUCGCCAAGUCUUCACCAACACACAAUAUCUGGUCUGUGGGAGGAAACCAGAGUUCCCUUUAGCUCAGCGAUAACUUAAUAGAGCGAUAACGCUCUCUUCAGUAUUUUAAACCUCUUAGUUGAGCUCAUCCUGGAAACUUCCACCAUUUGUCUCAACACAUGGAGCCCAGCAUUGUUGCCGUCCCACAUCAUCUGUCAGUUACACAAACCUGUUUCCUUUUUUAGGUAUUUAUUAUAUUUAACGUGUAUUUAUGGUUUGAGGUGGAUUUGGCAUUUUCCUACUCUGAUUUAAUCUUUGGCUCUUUUUUUAAAACCGCCAUUCAUGGUGAAUAAAGCUGCUGUUGAUGCUGAUCGCUGUUGUUUCUGGAAACACAAAGAGGCAGAUCGUCACUACGUUUCUCUCCUGUUUAUUCAGUUAAAGAAUAGUCAAGGAUUGCUGGUUCGUUUGUGAAAUUCAACUCGUAUAAAGGUUGGACUAAAUAAAGAUUUCAUACUCCAGAAACGUGAGAAAGUAUAGAAUAAAAAAAGCGAGGUUAUUUUUUUAAUUCCUUUAAGUAUUUUUUCACGCAAUUCACACCCCUACUUGUGUUUUCUGUUAUUUUUUCU